AUGGAAGCCAAUAGAAAACGUUUAACAUCAAUUAUAAAAACUAUAAUAUUUUGUGGCCAUAACAAUAUAUCUCUCAGAGGACACAGAGACGAUGGGAUACUUGACUAUGAAUCAGCAAUAACAGGAAAAGAAGGAAUUUUUAGAAGCCUUUUAGCCUUUCGCUUAGACUCAGGUGAUAACAUUUUGAAAGACCAUUUUAAAUCGUGUGGUAAAAAUGCAACUAUGAUCAGCAAAACAAUACAAAAUGAAAUAAUUAAUGUAUUGCAUCAAGUAAUUACUGAGAGCAUUGUUAAAAACAUAAAAAAAAAUAUUUUUUUUUCAAUUAUUUGCGAUGAAACCACAGAUGUCAGUACUAAAGAACAACUGUCAUUUUCUGUGAGGUAUGUUGAUAUGGAUCAAUCACAGAUUAAAGAAGAAUUCCUGGGUUUUCUAGAAUUAAGUUCAACUACUGGAAUAGCUAUAAAAAAUGAAAUUUUAAAACAAUUGGAAAAUUUUGGUUUGAACUUAGGCCACGUUCGUGGACAAGGAUACGACGGAGGAUCUAAUAUGUCUGGUCGGUUUAAUGGCGUCCAAGCUCUAAUUCUUGAAGAGCAACCUUUGGCUGUUUAUACACAUUGUUUUAGUCAUGGCCUAAAUCUGUGCAUAUCAAAAGUUUGUGAACUAUCUACUGUAAGAAACAUGGUUGGGAUUGUAGGCGCAGUUUCAGUUUUUUUAUCUGCUUCUGCUAAACGCAACAAUAUAUUGUUAACAGUCAUUGAAAAUACUGAUUCAGUGUCAUUGCCAAAAAAAACAAAAUUAAAAGCCAUGUGUACAACUCGAUGGGUUGAGCGUCAUGACUCAAUUAUUACUUUUCGUGAACUUUUCCCAUAUAUCGUGAAUGCUCUUGAUAUAAUUGAAGAAGAUUUUGACCGUGAAAUAUCAACUAAAGCAGUAAGCUUCAGUUCUUCCAUAAAAAGAAGUGAUUUUCUUAUCAGUUUAGAAAUAGUUGCAAAUUUGUUUUCUUACACUAAAGAUUUAAGUAUUAAACUACAAAGUCCUCAACAAGAUUUAUCAAGUGCAUUCUCACAUGUUAAAGAAGUAAUUCAAAUAUUUGAAGCGAAGAGAAAUAAUUGUGAUGAAGAAUUUUCCAUCUGUUUUAAAAAUGCAUCUGAAGUAGCAUCGAAAAUUGGAGAAGAAAUAAAAAUUCCUAGGUUGUGUGGUCGGCAAACAAAUAGAAAUAAUAUUAAGACGUCAAAUCCUGAAGAUUGGUUCAGAAUUACUAUUUAUAUUCCUUUUAUUGACCAUUUUAUAACAGAAUUAAAUUCAAGAUUUAAUGAUAGGUUCAAAGAUAUUAUUCCAUUAGAAGGAUUGAUCCCUGCUAACAAUCAUAAGUAUAAAACAGAAGAGAUAUUAAAAGCAGCAUUAAUAUAUGAUGAUGAUAUACCAGCUAAUUCUCACUUGGAAAUACAAGCUGAAUUAGAACUCUGGAAGACGAAAUGGACCAACAUAGAAAAUCCAAAGCCCCAAACUGCUGUUGAAACAUUGGUACAUUGUAAGGUAUUUUACCCAAACAUUACAAUAUUACUACAAAUUUUUGCAACAAUAACAAUAACAUCAGCAACAGCUGAAAGGUCAUUUUCUUCCCUAAGACGACUGAAAAAUUACAUGAGAUCUUCUAUGACAGAAGAUAGGCUAAAUGGUUUAGCAGUACUGCACAUACAUAAAGAAAUACCCAUCGAUAUCGACGAUGUCAUUAAUAGAUUUUCUCGGCAGAAGCAAAGGAGAAUGAAAACUGAAGAUUGGUCAAAAGACUAA